AAUGAACUAAUGAGGUGAUCCCAUGAACUCAUGGCUGAUGUCAGGCUACUUCCUAUCCAAUUAACAAUAAGAAUGACUUGUAUAUAUAUACAAAACUAGGAGAAAAUUUACAUAUUAUUACCUUGGAAUAUACUCUUCUUCUUGUUGGUCAUCAACUCUGUCAAGUUACAUAAAACAUCUAUAGUCUAUAGACCACUCUUCGCCUUAUCAUCAUGGUGUCUUGUUUUAGAACUGUUUGUAUACUAAUACUGGCGCCUCCAAUGGGUAUAAUCGCAUGCUCCGCUGCACUUCCAGGUGCCCUGAUCGUAUACUUGGGUUUACUUGUACUAUAUAUCCUUAAGCGCGUAGUUGAGUAUAUCAAUAUAGACUACAAUUCGAUCAGACGUACCUCUAAGCAGCAGCAGGAGUAUGCCUCUGUACUCAAUAAAUUUGUACGCCCAAGAAAUCACAUGAAUGCUGCAUUGCAUGAUGCUGUUUGUAAGGAUAACAUUGAUGUCCUCAAGCAGAUGGAGGCAAGUCUUAGCGUCCGUCGUCAACGGACUCCUACAAAGAACACGGUACUUCAUCUUGCAUGCCAAUAUGGGAGUAUAAAUUGUGUAAAACACCUUCUGAGUGUCCAUGGUUCACUAAUUGGAAAGGUUAACUUAAGAGGUGAUCUCGCGCUUCACCUAGCAGCAAGACAAGGACACUACGACGUGGUUGUAGCACUCAUUGAUGCAGCCAAGUCUUCCAAUCAACAAGAAUCUACCAGCAAAGCGUCUAUAACUCUGAUACAAUCUCAGGUUCGAACACAAAAUUUGGAGCUUGAAACUCCCUUGCACGAUGCAGUACGGAACAAUCACAACAGCGUGGUUCAGCUUCUAGUAAAUGAAGAUCCACAUGACUACCAUUGUCAGAAUAAGCGAAAGGAAACUCCACUCUACCUGGCUUCUACUAGGUGUUAUGUUGACAUAAUUACAACAAUUCUUCGCACUUGUGGUUGGUCGGUGAUUGACCAUGGUCCUGCUGGAAGGACAGCUUUACAUGCUGUAGUUUUAGACGAUGGCAAACACGAUAUUUUACGCAAAUCCGAAUGUGUGAAACUUCUAACGGAUAAACAUAAAGGUCUCAUAAAUAGACGAGAUGAUAACGGGUGGACAGUAUUGCAUUAUGUGGCAUGCAAUGAUCUUUAUACCAUAGUCGAAAAUCUAGUCGGUGGACACAACUCUGUGGGGUACCUGCGGGAUAAGAAGUAUAAGAGAACAGCUCUUCAUGUCGCAGCACAUAAAGGAAACGUCCGUGUGAUGGAGAAACUUGUGCAAUAUUUUCCAGAUUGUUGGGAUAUGGUGGAUAAAAAUUGUCAAAAUAUAAUGCACAUCGCCGUGGAGCAAGACAGGAAAGAGGUGAUUAGAUAUAUUCUGUCGCAAGGUUGUAAAGCAUAUCGUAACCUACUAAUGCAGAGGGACAAAGAUGGUAAUACGCCCCUCCACCUGAUUACCAAGUCGGGUUGUUAUGUCCAGGAACUGAUGGAUGAAAGAAUGAUUGAUUGGGAAGUACUGAAUGGAGAAAACCACACUCCCCUGGAUCACCUAAUACAGUGGGGAAAAGAGACUGCUCCUCUCACCGAUCAGGCCAUGCUUAGAAGAACACUUGUUAACGCCAAUGUUAAAAAGCACUGGCAGUUUUUGCAAACACUUGAAGAGGGAUAUAUACAAAAUGAGGAGGAUACUAAAGAAGUUGAACUGUAUAAAAGAUGGAUCAGCACUCAUAUGGUAGUGGCUGCCCUCAUCACCACUGUAGCCUUGACAGCGGGUUUUGCCAUGCCAGGCGGCUUUGAUGGGAAUCAAGGACAGUCCCAAGGAUCCGCGGUCCUUUUAAUAAGGAAGAAAAGUUUUGAGGGGUUUAUAGUAACAGAUACAAUAGCUCUGAUUUGCUCAAUGUCUUCAUUAUUCCUCUACUUCAUGACAACAAUGUAUGAAGAUGUUGGGAGAGUAAGAAAAUUGUUCUUCAUAUCUGUGCUGCUCAACACUGCUUCGAUCAUCACAAUAACAGUGGCUUUCAUAACCGGGACAUACUCUGUACUGGAUCACUCAUCAGCCCUUGCGAUUAGUAUUAUUGUUAUCGCUUGCUCAUUCCUUGGCAUUGCCUUUCUGGUAUUCGUUAGCAUGUCAAUUACUGUAACUAAGAUUCUUGCCGCAGACAUUAGUGUUGGUACGAUCAUGAACUAUCCAAUUGUGACUUUAUUGGAUUUUUAUAAAAAUGUAUCAGAAUCUUGAGUUAUUCAAUUAUAAUUUUAAA